AUGGCACCACCUGGACGUCCUCGCAGAAAAGGACAUGGUGCAGAUGCUGAACCUACAGUGGUCCCCAAUGACACGGGUGCUGAUCCUGAGGCUCCUGGACCAACUGAGACCAUUACCAUACAUCCAGGAGGCACAUUGAAUCCGCGGUUUUUUAUACCAGGCUUAGAACACCAUAGUCCAGCUCCAGCCAGCCAGCCUCCAACAUCACAUGGUACACCUCCAACACCUCCGCCACCUGUAACGCCUGUGCCCCAGCAAUCUGCUCACCAACAUAGGCAUCAGCCUGAUCCUGAUGAUGACAACCCAUUUACAUCCACCCCUGAAUUGCGUGAAGAUCGAGUACACUGCAUCUUUUGCUGUGCACAGAAGAAGUCAACGUCAUUUGGCCACUCAAUAACAUCCACAAGCAAUUGGCAGCACCACCUCCUUAUGAAGCACCUGGGACUCUGGGUAGAGGCAUGUGACAGACUCAAGGUAAAGAUUACAGCAGACAAAGCUGAGGGUUCUGUCACCGCAUAUUGGGAGUCAAAGGGACAGGACUCGAAACAGAAUUCAAGCUUGCCUAGUGGGUUUGACAAGGUGCCAGGCUUCUCUUUAGAAGCAUUCAUUGAUGCAUUGGUUGCUUUUAUUGUUAGCAAUGACCAGUCUUUCAAUGUUGUUGAGUCUCCAGAGCUCUGCUGCAUAUUCUUGAUGCUUCGCGAGGAGCUUACCGAUGAUGAUAUUCCCUGCCGAACACAGAUUUGGAAGCGAGUUAUGGAAAUAUGGGAGGAUCAUUUAAAGCAGCUUUCCAAGGAAAUGCAGGUAAAAUCUCCUUCACAUGUGACAUGUGGUCAAAUGCCAACCUUGUGCCCUUCAUGGCUGUCAUAG